AUGGAAAGGCCGGAAAAAGAAUGCCUUUCACCGGAAAUUGUGAGCCAGGGAGUCGAAAACUCCGGUCCCUACGCGGGUUCUCCGAGUUUUUCUGUCCGGGUCCGCCGGAGUUUACCGGACUUCCUUAAUUCUGUGAACUUGAAAUAUGUGAAACUUGGCUAUGGGUAUCUGCUCAAUCAUUUUAUUUAUUUUGUUGCUGCACCAGUUGUUUUGAUGCUUUUUGGUACACAAAUAGGCAAAGUAAAAUUCAGUGAUUUGUGGUUGGAAUAUGAUGUUUUGAACAUCAUUUGCCUGUUGGGAUUAUUGGGACUAAUCGUUUAUAUUUACUUUGAUUUGACACCUUGUUCUACGUAUUUAGUUGAUUUUGCCUGCUACCGUCCACCUACUGAAUUUAAGAUAUCCAAGGAAGAAUUUGUGGAAUUGGCUAGAAAAUCAGGUAAAUUCAAUGAAGCAGCAAUCCAAUACCAGCAGCAUGUCCUCAAGAACUCAGGCCUAGGAGAUGAAACCUAUCUCCCAAGAAUAGUCUUCCGUCCCGACUACCGGAUAACCCUAAGGGACGGCCGGGAAGAGGCAGCGAUGCUGAUGUUCGGGGCGGUCGAUGACCUCCUCGCCACCACCGGGUUUCUAAUAAAGGACGUAAAGAUCCUCAUUGUCAAUUGUGGGAUUCUCAACACCACUCCAUCACUUUCUGCAAUGUUAAUCAACCAUUAUAAAUUGAGUCACAAAAUACAAAGCUUUAGCCUAGGUGGUAUGGGGUGUGCUGCUGGAAUUACAGCUAUAGAUUUGGCUAAGGACCUUUUGGGUGCAUACCCAGGCUCAUAUGCAUUGGUAGUGAGUACAGAAAUUGUGAGCUUUACUUGGUAUGAUGGCAAUGAAUUGGACAUGCUUCAGCCAAAUUGCUUCUUUAGGAUGGGGGCUGCUGCUGUUUUGCUGUCAAAUCAUCAACUCGACCGGUGGCGCGCUAAAUACGAACUGAAACAGCUCGUUCGCACGCACAAAGGUAUGGACGACCGGUGCUUCAAUAGCAUACAACUCAAGGAGGACGCGGCCGGCAAACAAGGCAUCUGGGUCUCGAAAGAGGUGGUGGAAGUAGGUGGCCAUGCACUCAAAGCCAACAUCACAACCUUAAGCCCUUUAGUCCUUCCAGUUUCUGAACAAUUCCAUUUCUUCAAAUCUCUUCUCUUCAAAUCCAACUCCAACAAGCCUUACAUCCCUGACUACAAGCUCGCUUUUGAGCACGUCUGCAUACUGGCAACAAGCAAGAAAGUGCUCGAUGAAAUACAGAAGAAUUUGGAUCUUACUGAUGAAUAUAUGGAAGCAUCAAGAAAAACUCUUGAAAAAUUUGGGAACACUUCCAGCAGUAGCAUUUGGUAUGAAUUGGCUUAUUUAGAAGCAAAAGGCAAAAUCAAGAACGGGGACAAAAUUUGGCAACUGGCUUUUGGAUCAGGUUUGAAAUGCAACAGUGUUGUUUGGAAGGCUCUUACUAAUGUUAAACAUCAGAGCAAAAGUCCAUGGAAUAAUGAUUCCACUUAA